AUAAACCCGAAAAGUUCCUGCUUUCUAGUUCAAGAUCCAUUUUUUGAUUCCCUCGCGAGAAUUUCUAGUCGUGAUCAACUAUUCCAUAUCUUCCCGUCUCACCUGCACAAACCCCAAGCCAAGCACCUCGCUAAAGCCCCUUUCCCCCUCUCUUUCACCAAAAGAUAGAAAAAAUGCCCUUCACAUACCCUUCCCCCAACGCGCCCUCCCUCUCCCCUCCUCCCCGCACCAUCGACGGCGCAGGCUUCGGCAAAGUCGCCCUAAUAACCGGCUGCUCCUCAGGCGUCGGCCUCGCCACCACGCAAGCCUUCCUCUCGCACCAAUACGAGGUCCUGGGCGUCGAUAUCCACGAGGUGGACUACGCGCAGAUCGCGCCCAGGGACGCGGGGCGCUUUCAUUUCCAUCGUGGGGAUCUGUUGAGUGAGGGGGAGUGUGAUGAGGUUGUGCGGAUUUGUGUUGCGAAGUUUGGGGAGAAGAUAGACGUCCUAGCUAAUAUAGCGGGGAUAAUGGACGCUUUUGAAGCAGCGGACGUAAUUACGGACCAUGAAUGGGAGCGAGUCAUGGGCGUGAACCUCACUGUGCCGACGAGGAUGAUUCGCGCUGUAUUGCCAUUCAUGAAAGCGAAGAGGAAUGGGUCGAUUAUUAAUGUGGCGAGUAAAGCCGCGGUGAGUGGUGCGGCGGCUGGGUUAGCGUAUACGACGAGUAAGCAUGGGUUAUUGGGUGUGACGAAGCAUACGGCGUGGAGGUUUCAUGAUGAGGGGAUUAGGUGUAAUGCUGUGUUGCCUGGUUCCAUUGAUACGAAUAUCAAUGACUCGAUAGAGAAGGAGCAUUUUGAUGAUGCUGCGUUUGCAGUCAUGAAGCCAAUCUGGGAAUUACAUAAUCCAGCGGGAGAAAAGCCAUCGAUUACAGCUAUGGAAGUUGCGAAUGUGAUUCUGUUCCUUGCUAGUGAAGGAGCGAGAGCCAUCAAUGGUGUUGCUUUGCCGAUUGACAAAGCCUGGGGUGUUAUUUGAUCUUAUACAUUGUUAAGAUGGCGUUAUUGGCAAAUGGCGUUGAGGUAAAGCACAUAUACUAAGCACGACAUAUGAAGUAUGAAGGAGUAAAAGUGGAUAUGAUUGGCGUUUUGGACUUAUGAAUAAAAAGGUGCACCGAAAUGAAGACUUAUUCCAGCUUUAUUGAAAGUAAUGUGCAG